AUGGAUUUCAUCACGGAUCUACCACCAUCACAGAAUUGCGACAGCAUUCUGAAAUCUUUCGACUCCAUGCCAGUGAAAUGGGAAUACAAAACAGACUGA